AUGCAAGUGAAGCAUACUUUUUUGACUUCUUUACUGCUUUCUUUAAGGUUAGUACGAGGUAUUCUUGUUCCUAUUGAAGAUCCUAAUGCCGGUGAUAAGUACAAGAUCGAUUACGUGGAUGGCAACGAGUGGAAGAAUUUGAAAAGUAAUGGAACAUUUAUGUCAACUCAAAAUUUGUUUUCUUUUGGGAAUAAUGAUGAAUGCCUAAUACCAAAGCAGUCUAGUUUAACUGACGAAGAGGAAUUACCUAAGAAUUCUGAAAAGUUACAACAGGCCCUUAGAGAUACUUUGAAGGAAGGUGUUGAAGUACUUUCAGAUGUAUUAGAUGAUAAAUGUCUAGUCUACAACAGUGGCUUUUGGAUUUAUAGGUACUGUUCUGGCGGGGAUUUCAUACAAUUCCAUGGUGAUAUUGACAAGAUUGAAAGUCUUGAAACACUAUUAUAUACACUUGGGAGGUCGAGUACGUCAAAAAAAGAGCGUGAAUUCCAAUUAUUGUAUGAUGACGUCGGUUAUUACAUAAGUGAGGUAAUUCGAUUUGGAGAUGAGUGUGAUGUCACAGGAUAUCCCAGGGUAAUUGAAGUUCAAUAUGUAUGUGGACCGAUAAACACAGUACCGUCAAUUCAAUGGGUCAGAGAAACUAAGAUUUGUCAUUAUGAAGCACAAAUAGCAGUGCCAGAACUUUGUAAUUUUGAACUAUUAUCAAAAAAUGAAGAUAGUAAAACUGCUUCAACGAUAAUGUGUUUAAAGGAUGCUGCAGAAGAUAAGGUAAACACUAAAGAUGUCAUUGAUAUGAUUACUGCUUAUAGUCCUAAAUUUUUGGGCCAUGGUGUCUAUUUGUUGGAACCAGCCCGUGAAAAUGAAAUGUGGGCUUUAAUGUAUUCUGAUGAUAUAAAUAAUGAAGAUAAUGGGAAAGUUAGCAGGCAUGUUUACGAAAAUUUUGGAAAUGCCAUCAAUAAACUUAUAGCUCAAGGCCUUCUGAAGGCACCAGAUGGAUCACCUAUGCAAUCUGGCGAUCAGUACGCAUGGAUAUCGGAUAUUUUUGAUCUAGAAGGCAAUCGAGUUCAAAAGCUCCGUUUUGCAAUAGCUGACUCAAGGCAAGGUGAACUUGUCAUCAGAAAUAAUUUGACAUCCCCUUUGGACAGCAAUUUCGAGUACUAUCAUAAAAAUAACAAUUUUGAAAAUUUAGUGGGGAGAAGAAAGAUUGAUUCUGAUAAAAAAUCAAAAAAAAUCGAUGCAAUAGAAAAAGUUGCUGUACAUAUUUCACCUGAGCUAGAGGUUGAAAUAUUAGCCUCUAAAGGUGAGGCUAGAAAUGUUAUUGUUAUUAAUGAUUUAUUUUUUGAAGAUGGCCUUACUCAAGAUGAAGCAAAUGAAUUGCUAAAAAAGAUUUUUGAUUCUGCUCAAUUUGAAGAUAUAAUGAAGGCAUUUGAUAUACAACAAGGUGAAGAAUAUGAGAUUGAAGCUUUUUUGGCCACUCAGUUUGAUACUGAUGACCUAUUAAACGGGAAAGUUAUGGUAGAUUUCUUUAUGGAUGAUAAACAGCUAGGUAAAAUAGAGGAAGAACUCACAGGAAAUGGCAACGAAUCUAAAGAACAGGAUGAAAAUAGUAACGAAGAAAGUGAACUCGUUCAGCAAAAUUAUGAAGAAGAAGAAAAACAGAAUGAACAUGGCAGACAAGAAGAAUUCACAGAGGGUGGCGAGAGACCUAAAAAACAGAAUGAAAAUGUCAUGGAAGAAAGUAGAAAUAUUCAACAAGAUCACAAGAAAAAUGAAGAACAAGGUGAGCUUCAUGAACAGGUGGAAGUUGCAGAGAAGAAAGACGAAAAUGUACCCAGUCAAGAUGAGGAAGGCUCAGAUGAACUUAUAGAGCCAAUGGAGACAAAUGCAAGAUCACAAAAUGAAGUGAAUCAACAAGUUUUCAAGGCUAGGAGUCAUCCAGAAGAAUCAGUUGAAAAUUCUAGAGAAGAAACAGAAAUAGUGGAUAUAGCAGAUUCUCUUAUAGAAGAGGAGGACGUUGGAAAACUAAUUGAAGAAGUUCAAAUUGAACAAGAACGUUCUAGCGAUUCUAGUGGAGAACCCUUGGAGCAAUUGGAAGCAGUACAGGAGAAAUCCUCCCAGAUCAUCGACAGUGGGGUAAAGGAUUCUGGAAUUCAAGCCGAUGAACGUAUGAAAUCUAAUGAAGGUUUGGAACAAGACGUUGUGAAGGACCAAGAGGAAAAUGCGACGCUGAUAAAAGAAAAUGAUGAAGUGCCUGGAGGAAUACAUGAACAGAACAUCAUUGAAAGCCAGGCUAGGGAGAACGAGGAUAUUGAACCGGACAAACAAUUUGAUGAUUAUGUCCUGGAGGCUCCUACCAUUGAGAAGUCUGUACACACAAAAGUAGAGAUGCAGUCUUCCGAUGACACAGUAAUUAGUGCCGUCCCGGAGCCAAUUAUGGACACCGAUACUCUUGACGAGGUUACUAAUGUUGAAGCGAUCGCAAAUCAUGAAACAAAUAGCAUAAAUUCAGACUUAAGAACAGGGGAGCUCUUUGAAAAUGAUAAUGAAGCAGUGCAACUGGAUAGCCAGCAUGGCGGAAAAAAUAUUGAAGAAGGCGUGCAACCUAUUUCAAGCGAUGAUUAUAUAGGCCGUGAGGCUUUGCAAAAAAUAGUAGAAAAGGAAGAACAUGAUGAGAGCAAUCAGCAAGGGGGUCCAGAAGAAACUUCAGAGGAUUUCCAAGAAAAUGGUAAUUUUUUAAAGAAUGACCAUAUUGAACCUUCAGCCUAUAACCCUGCAUCAGAAGAAUAUAGACCGAAUGUUUCAGAGAUUGCCCAAGAGGAUAAUGUUUUGCCAAUGGAGACAAAGGAAUCCCAAGAACGUGAAACUGAGAAAGAUGUUUCAGCUGAUAUGCAGGAAACCUUAAAUCAUGAUAGUGUUAUCGAUAUUGAACACGAUGAAUUGUGA